CAGAGGGAGAGGCACAUCACCCAUCGGAGACGGAUGGAUGACAAGAGGAAAAAUAGCGAGUUGUUUACAGGAGAGCAGGUCAUGUUUUUUCUCCAUUCCGGAAGUAGGUGCUGCGUUGGUUCAAUCUCAAAGCCGACCAUUUCGAGGAGGAAAAUCAGCGCCAGCAGUAUCAUCAUCACCACCAUCUAUCUGAUCCAAUAAUCAAUGCCAUUACUGCUGUAUAAUUGCUCUCGGAUGCGAAGACAUCUUCAUGCGUCUCCCCCCUCUCUCUCUCUAAUUAGAAAAAUCGCAGGGUGCCUGUAUUAUUCUGACUCUCAUUGACAUUCGCUGUUGCCUACCAUAUUCUUUGGCUUGCCAUGAAAUGCUGAUGGACAUCGAGUGAAGAUGGGAAACACGGGGCUUUCGGGUGUUUUUUUGUUGCCAUAUUUCCAGCUAGGCUCCUGAAAAUGCAAAUGAAAAGGAUUGUGUUUUUGAUCUCGACGUGGAUUGUCGGGAGGAAUGGGACGGAUUCUUCGUGGAUCAACCAGAAGCGUUGCAGAAAGGAGAUGAAAUAGAAAAAGGGACCAUGAUCUGACGCUUGGGAUGCUAUAGUGAGGGACAAUAAGAAAAAAAAAUACAUGAUAUAAAAUCACGUCUAAAUCAAACUUCCAUUUCAUCUUCCGCAUCCCUUUUUUUGGAUUAUGAUUCUUGACAAGAGUCCCAGAUGUGACUGUAUGGAUGGCAUGUCGUUGUAUUUUAGAUCCCAUCUUAUAUUCCCUGGCUCUGUGUUGCUCUCUCCUCCACUCGUCCACUCUCUCGCAGUCUUCUGCUUUGGGUAGCAAAACAUGUAGGCUAUUUUUUGCUGCAAGCCCAGAGCUACUGAUGAUGUGUCGUUCAGAUCAACAGUGAAGAAAAUGGACUGUCGAAACCAAGCCGUAUAAUAAGUUAUACGGUUUUCUGGGGUGCGGUGGAAGAUACAAGACAGUAUUUGCUGAGUUGUUUGAGUAAUGAAUAUUGAAAGAGCGUGUCGGCCAGCCGAAAGGGAAAAUCUUUCAUCCGCAUUGGCUUAGACACACAUGCCAUCAGUGGGGCAACAACCAAAACGAGCUCCUUUAUUUCUUAGCUUUGGCUCUCCAAUUAACAGUAACAGUGAUGGUAUUCGACAGCUACAAUGAAAAUAAAAUCAUCUGACCUGUUGUAAUAAUAAUAAUAAUAAUAAUAAUAAUAAUAAUAAUAAUAAUAAUAAUAGAAGAGAAAGACAAAAACAAACAUUUCCCCUACGGCAUUUAUUUCAUUUUGACUGAUUCUUUAUGUAGCCAAACAUGUUCAAGUAUCGGAUACGCAUGUUUUUUAAUGAACUGAAAGUCCUGGUUUUUAUGCGAUCCGAUUCGAGACAGUCCGGCUCAGACGUAGAUAGACGGUCCACCACCAUGCGAGGUCUGGGGAUGGGCGGCUGCGGCUGGCCGCCCUUCGUCGACUGCCAUUCCCGGGAUGAUGAGGAGGAGUACUACGGCAGCGACCCGCGGCCCCGGAGCCUGGCUUUUGAGGACAAGGAGCCCAAGCUGCAAGUGGGCCUGGACGCCGUGUCUCUGGCCAGCACCGCCAGCAGCCUGCGGACCCCCCAAUGUCGGAUCUGUUUCCAAGGCCCAGAGCAGGGUGAGCUGUUGAGCCCCUGUCGCUGUGACGGCUCCGUGCGUUGCACCCAUCAGCCCUGCCUCAUCCGCUGGAUCAGCGAGAGAGGCUCCUGGAGCUGUGAGCUCUGCUACUUCAAGUACCAGGUCCUGGCUAUCAGCACCAAGAACCCACUGCAGUGGCAGGCCAUUUCUCUGACAGUGAUAGAGAAGGUGCAGAUUGCUGCCAUCAUUCUGGGUUCCCUGUUCCUCAUCGCCAGCAUCUCCUGGCUCAUCUGGUCCUCCCUCAGCCCCUCUGCCAAGUGGCAACGCCAGGACCUGCUCUUCCAAAUCUGCUACGGCAUGUACGGUUUCAUGGAUAUCGUCUGCAUAGGCCUUAUCAUUCAUGAAGGCUCAUCAGUGUACCGAAUCUUCAAACGAUGGCAAGCUGUCAAUCAGCAGUGGAAAGUACUGAACUAUGAGAAAUCAAAGGACUUGGGGGACCCGCUCAGCUCCAGCAGCAAGACGGGGGGCCGCGGCUCUCGCAGUAACCCCCACGGCCUGGGCAGCAGCAGCGGAGGGCGACAGAGCAGGAGGCUAAGAACUAUUCUGAACCACCACUGUGGAUACACCAUCUUGCACAUCCUGAGUCAGCUGCGGCCCAACGACCCUCGGAUCAGCGCCGCGGCCAACCGGGAGGUGGUGAUGAGGGUCACCACCGUAUGAGUGCAACUAGGCAUGUGCGAGGGGAUAUACCGAGCCUGUGUGUCCCAAUGUAAAUGAGUGGAGGGACUUAAGGACCUAAUAUCAAGUACUAAAGACUCAUGUAGGCAAGAGGAGCCCUGUGAGGACGAGCUGAGAGAUGCCCGGAGCAUCAACAGACAGCGCACACAUGAGGAUUUCUCCUCUUGUUUCGUAUCACAGAGGAAGCCAGAUGCUCCUUUUCAAUAAUUAAAGAAACUGACGACGAUAAUGAUGAAAAAGUAUUAAAGACAUCAAACGUGAAAUGUGAGGGUGGGGAUCGGGGAGUGUAAACAGGCUUUAUAACCUAAUCCAAGGUGAUGACAAGUUUUUUCCAGUUCAAUAUCAGGAUGCACAGAGACAUUUUUUGGUUUGUUUUGUUUGAUCCUCUCGUUUUGAUUUGUAUCUAUUCUUUUUGUUGUUUUUUUUACUCACUUUGAUUUUGUACGGAUGUAUGAUUUUAGAGGAAAUCAUGUAACUCCAUACAUGCCAAGCAUUUCCAAUCAGCUAUGUAUAAUGAUCUUAAAGUUUCUACAAGGUAACUGAUGCUGAUCAAUAGACCGAAAACUGAAAAACAACACACCACAUACAAACAUGAAACACAGACGUGACUACAAAACAAUAAGUCAUUACAAGUUAGAAAGUAAAAAAAAAAAAAAGAAAAGAAGAAAUCAAGAAGA